CCUCCGGCACUGGCUGCAGCGUGACCUGAAACGCUCCUGGCUGCGGCGCCGGCGGCCGAGAAGACCCGGAGGUGCGGGAGUUUCACGCCUGUUCUGCGCUUGCCAUGAGGCUGCUGGGAGCCGCUGCCGCCGCGGCUCUGGGGCGCAGGCCGCUCCCUCAGGUCCCUGCAGCCGUAGGCUGGCACGGGAAGCAGGUUAAUUGGAAGUUCUGCCGAUGGUGUUCAUCAGGGGUAAUUCCUAGUGAAAAAAUACGAAAUAUUGGAAUCUCAGCUCACAUUGAUUCUGGGAAAACUACAUUAACAGAACGAGUCCUUUACUACACUGGCAGAAUUGCAAAGAUGCAUGAGGUGAAAGGUAAAGAUGGAGUUGGUGCUGUUAUGGAUUCCAUGGAACUAGAAAGACAAAGAGGAAUCACUAUUCAGUCAGCAGCCACUUACACCAUGUGGAGAGAUGUCAAUAUCAACAUUAUAGAUACUCCUGGGCAUGUGGACUUCACAAUAGAAGUUGAAAGGGCCCUGAGAGUGUUGGAUGGCGCAGUCCUUGUUCUCUGUGCUGUUGGAGGGGUGCAGUGCCAGACCAUGACUGUUAAUCGUCAGAUGAAGCGCUACAAUGUUCCAUUUCUAACUUUCAUUAACAAAUUGGACCGAAUGGGCUCCAACCCUGCUAGAGCCCUGCAGCAAAUGAGGUCUAAGCUAAAUCAUAAUGCAGCAUUUGCACAGAUACCCAUUGGGUUGGAGGGUAAUUUUAAAGGUGUUGUAGAUCUCAUUGAGGAACGAGCCAUCUAUUUUGAUGGAGACUUUGGUCAGAUUGUUCGAUAUGGUGAAAUUCCAGCUGAAUUGAGGGCAGUGGCAGCUGACCAUCGGCAGGAACUAAUUGAAUGUGUUGCCAAUUCAGAUGAGCAGCUUGGUGAGAUGUUCUUAGAAGAAAAAAUCCCCUCAAUUUCUGAUUUAAAGCUUGCAAUCCGAAGAGCUACUCUAAAUAGAUCAUUCACUCCUGUUUUUUUGGGAAGUGCCUUGAAGAACAAAGGAGUUCAGCCUCUCUUAGAUGCUGUUUUAGAGUAUCUCCCAAAUCCAUCUGAAGUCCAGAAUUAUGCUAUUCUCAAUCAGGAGGAUGACUCAAAAGAGAAAACCAAAAUCUUAAUGAACUCCAAAAGAGAUAAUUCCCACCCAUUUGUAGGCCUGGCUUUUAAACUGGAGGCAGGUCGAUUUGGUCAGUUAACUUAUGUCCGCAGUUAUCAGGGACAGCUGAAAAAGGGUGACACCAUCUAUAACACGAGGUCAAGAAAGAAAGUGCGGCUACAACGGCUGGUUCGCAUGCAUGCCGACAUGAUGGAGGAUGUUGAGGAAGUAUAUGCUGGAGACAUCUGUGCAUUGUUUGGCAUUGACUGUGCUAGUGGAGAUACAUUCACAAACAAAGAUAAUAGUGCCCUUUCUAUGGAGUCAAUUCAUGUUCCUGAUCCUGUCAUUUCAAUAGCAAUGAAGCCUUCGAAUAAGAAUGAUCUGGAAAAAUUUUCAAAAGGUAUUGGCAGGUUUACAAGAGAAGAUCCCACAUUCAAAGUACACUUUGACACUGAAAGCAAAGAGACAAUUGUGUCUGGAAUGGGAGAAUUACACCUGGAAAUCUAUGCUCAGAGGAUGGAAAAAGAAUAUGGCUGUCCUUGUAUCACAGGAAAGCCAAAAGUUGCGUUUCGAGAGACCAUUACUGCCCCUGUUCCGUUUGAGUUUACACAUAAAAAACAAUCAGGCGGUGCAGGCCAGUUUGGAAAAGUAAUAGGUGUACUGGAGCCUCUGGACCCAGAGAACUACACUAAGUUGGAGUUUUCAGAUGAAACGUUCGGAUCAAAUGUUCCAAAGCAGUUUGUGCCUGCUGUAGAAAAGGGGUUUUUAGAUGCCUGUGAGAAGGGCCCUCUCUCUGGUCACAAGCUCUCUGGGCUCCGGUUUGUCCUGCAGGAUGGGGCGCACCACAUGGUUGAUUCCAAUGAAAUCUCUUUCAUCCGAGCAGGAGAAGGUGCUCUUAAACAAGCCUUGGCAAAUGCAACAUUAUGUAUUCUUGAACCUAUUAUGUCUGUGGAAGUUAUAGCCCCAAAUGAAUUUCAGGGACCAGUAAUUGCAGGAAUUAACCGGCGCCAUGGGGUAAUCACGGGGCAAGAUGGAGCUGAAGACUAUUUUACAUUGUAUGCAGAUGUCCCUCUAAAUGAUAUGUUUGGUUAUUCUACUGAACUUAGGUCAUGCACAGAGGGAAAGGGAGAAUACACAAUGGAGUAUUGCAGAUAUCAGCCAUGUUUACCAUCCACACAAGAGGAUCUCAUUAAUAAGUAUUUGGAAGCUACGGGUCAACUUCCUGUGAAAAAAGGAAAAGCCAAGAACUAACUUUCCUCACUUUGAGUUGACUUUAACUGAAUCUGCAAGGUUUAGAUACUUUGAUGGAUUCCAGUACAAUAAAUUCAGCCUGCCCUCCCUGUUCACAUUCAGGAGCUUCUAUUAUAUUCGAGGAUAAUUCUAUAUAUAUAGCUCAGCUCUAUUGAUUGGUUUUAAAGAACCUCAAAUAAACUACGAUUAUUACUGAAA